GCGGCCGCUCCCUGCUCCCACACUGCAGCGCGCUGCCCGCCCCGCCCCCCAGACGUCACGUCCGCCGGUCCCUCGCACAACCUUCCCCCUGUGUCCGCCUCUGUCGGCGCCGGGCGGCCGGGGGAGGGACGGGGGCGGCCCCGACAUGAAGCCGAGUGAGCCCGACAUCCUGUCCAGUGACCUGGUUCAGCUGAACGUUCCAGUCAUCCAGCAGUCGUUUCACUGGGAUUGUGGGCUUGCCUGCUCCAGGAUGGUGUUGCAGUACCUCCACCCUGUGAGUGAGGAAGAGUUCCAGACUGCCUGCUGGAGACUGCAGCUGGGUGAAAGUGUCUGGACAAUUGACCUGGCUUAUCUGAUGCAGCAGUUUGGUGUUGUGCACAAGUUCUGCACACAAACCCUGGGAGUGGACAAGGGCUAUCGAUACCAGUCCUUCUAUCGGAAGCAUUUCGACACUGAAGAGGACCGGGUAAAUCAGCUGUUUGCUCGUGCAGCAGCAAAUUGCGUUAAAGUAGAGAAAAGGUCUGUCACCAUUCAAGAGAUCCAGGACCACCUGGCCCAGGGUCACGUGGUGGUGGUCCUGGUCAACGCCGUCCUGCUGGUCUGUGACCUCUGCUCAGCUCCACUCAAGUUCUGCUGCCUCCUCCCCAUCGGUCAGAAAUGCUUUUGCAGGAAGCCAGACUAUCAGGGACAUUUUAUUGUGGUGUGUGGCUACAACAGGAACUCUGGCUGCAUCUUCUACAACAACCCAGCAUAUGCUGACAGAGUCUGCUGCACGUCCGUGAGUAACUUCAACGAGGCCCGCAUGAGCUAUGGGACAGACGAAGACAUCCUGUUUGUGUACAAGGACAGCUGAUGGCAGCGCUGCCCACAGGACCUUCUCUCCACCCACAGCACUCUAAGGAUGUAGGAACAUGGUACAUGCCUGCGUUGCACAGAACAUGCCCAAUUCCACUGCUGCCCAGCACCCACAAACUGCUCCCCUCCUCCCCUUACCGAUGGUCAUCGAAAGGGAUCUGUGUGCGACGCUUCCUGUGGGAAUUCCUUCCCUUCUGCUCAAAACGUGCCAAUGAAUCUCUGGGAAAACGCACCAAGGAGAGGAGUAACAACCCAACCUGGUGCUUGUUCCCCUGCUGCCCUGCUGCUUACUCACUGAGCUAAACUGGUUUCAAAGGCCAGAGUCAAACCCAUUUCCUUGUUCCCGAAUCUUCUGUGAAGGAAAUAAUUUGAAAUCUGGUAAACACUUUGGUUUUGUAUGCUUGGAAUGCUGCUGCUUGAUUUUUGGGUGGGGUUGUAGGGAAGGUGGGAACCGUCCGGUACAGAUUUGAUGUGGUACAACAUAGAAUCUGGCUCCGUCUCCUGCCGUCGUCCUUCCUGUGUGACCUUUAAUUGUGCUGGUGUCCUUGUCACUGGUGAGGCUGAGGGCUGUCAGACUCGGCAGCCAGUACGUGGCCAACUGAAGUAUCAGGCUUGGGGAUGGGCAUUAGGAAGGACUGCACCUAUAUCCUGUGCAUAUGGUGGAGAACUGGAGUGCCUUGACCAUUAACAGGCCCUUACUGACACUGGCUGCCCAUCCACAGCACACUGUGGAGCAGCCUCCAGCCCUGGCCACCAGUGAGUGAAGGGGAAACAUCCUUGCCUUGUCCUGGGACAGGAUGCCCUGGACCCUGCACCCUUCCUGAAGGUGUAAAGUGCUAAAUGGGAUGCGUUUGUGUAUGUCAAAUCUGCUUAGCAAAAGAAAAAUCUCCUCUCACUUCAGAGAGAGGACAAAUCCCCUACACUGGUCUCACCACAGUUCAGAUUCUGCCCUGAUCCCCACCUGUCAGUCCAUGUCUCAGUUCGGCAGGUCCUGUGUAACCACUAACUGGACCCCUGUGAUGCCUGCAGGGGAUAUCGGACACACCUUGAUUAGGAUGGCGGAUGUGCUUACGAAUUUCUUUCAGAUUUAGUUCUGUGGCUGUAUUGAUGCCAUUUAUCCACAAACAUUUCUCCUUCAUGUCGGUGAUGCUUUUCUGGUUACGGUGACAUUUACUUCACUAUCAUGGGUUGAAUUAAAAGGUGAUUUGGUAAGUUC